AUGUCCCCCGCCCAGGCGGCCACUGGCCCGGGCUGCCACCAGCCUGGGGCGUCUUCGCCGAGCCUGUGGGAGCACACUGAGCUGCUGAUCCCCGAUAGUGCCUUGGGCCCCCUGAUAGCAGUCUGCCCCCGGGCCGUGGAGGGGGCAGGUGGGUUCAAGGACCUCUGGGGGCUGCCGAAGGGCUGGGCCCCCUCCCCACCCCGCCGCCCCCCGCGGGACGGGGGGUUCUGGGGUGCGCACUGCCCGCGCCCCACGGAGCAGAGGCAGCCCUGGCCGCGGGGAUUUGGCCCGCACACGUGUGGCGGGGGAACACGCGCGUGGUCCCGGGGCUGGGCAGCCGUGGGGCCCCGCCGUGCCACCCCUCUGUGCCUGCCCCACGGCCCCGGGGCCGAGUCAGCCCCCGGCACCGCCCCGGACACCCCGGACAUCCGCAUCGCCUCCACGCCGAGCGCAGCCCCGCAGAGCGCGGGCCCCGGGCCCUCGGUCUCCUUUGUCCCGGAUCCUCCCGUCCCGGUCACAGCCCCCCUCCCGCAGCCGCUCCGUGUCCAUCCGGGCUCCUCCCGCCGCAUCCCCGCGCCGCUCACCCGCCUCCCGCCCGGCCCGGCGGGGAGGGGACCGGGCUCUCCCCGCCCCGGCGUCCCCGCUGCUCGCGAUGCUCCCGCGGUGCCCCCGGUGCCGCGCCCCCCCCGCUGCGGGCGGAGCGGCCGGGCCGGGCCCCGCCCCCGGGCGCGGCGUCGGUGGGGCGCGGGAGGCGGCCCGGUGCGGCGGCCCCGGUCACCCGCGGGUCCGCCCCGGAGGGGCCGGCCCGGCACCGAGCCCUUCCCCGGUGCCGCCCCUGCGCCCCCCGCGGGUGCCGCCCUCGGCGUCUCCAGCCCCGCGCCGCCCACGCCCCCUCCCACGGGUGCCGCCGCACCAGCUUGUGGCAUUUCGCUCGCCGGAGACGGCGCCGCAAACACGCGCCGGUGCCAGCCGGUGCCGGUGCCGCCGCAGCCCGCGCGGCCACGCGUCCCCCCCACGCGCGGCACCGGCACCGGCACCGGCUUCCCGCACCGCCGCCACCCGCCCUGCCCCGGGCCGGGCCGGGAGCGGCGCGGCGGCACCACGGACAGCGCCGGACCGGCACCGCGAACAGCGCCGCGGUCCCGCGUGGGUGCGCGGCCCGCAGCCCCCCGCGCCCUCCCGGAGGCUCUCUGGGUGCGGGACCCCCGGCCCCGCCGCACCCGCCCCCCGGGCGGCCCCCGAGGUGUCCCGCCGCCCGUGGGGGCAACAGAGCCCGGCGCCGGUCCAGGGAGCGCGGGACAGAGGGAGGGAGGGAAGGAGGGACAGACGGACAGACGGAAGGACGGACGGAGACCACCCUCCGUGUCCCGCGCUCACGGCUCCCCACGCGAGCCCCGCGUCCUUUCCCCGCCGGGGGAACCCAUCACACCCCCGUGUCCCCAUCGGGGGUCCCCCUCGUGGAUCGGGAUGGGCGUGUCCCCCGCGGACGCCCGCAGCGCAUCCCCCGCUGUCGCCGCUGUCCCCGCCGGGAGUCCCCGCGCCCACCCCUGUCCCGCCUGGGGCGGGCCGGCCCGGGAAGGGUUAAGCGGCGGGGCCGGCGCGGGGGGCGGAGCGGCCGCCCCGGGAUAA